AAUUAGUAGAGAAUCGUUGCAAUCAAAGUACUUGUCUUGCUUGUGUUAUAAUAACUUUUAGAAAAUGGGUAAAAAUAAAGGUGGUGGUGGUGGAGGAGGGGGAGGCGGUGGAGGUUCGAAUGCAGGCGGUGGAAAAAAAGGUGGAGGCGGAGCUGCUGUUGCUAGUGCCGUUGAUAAAAGUGGCGGCAAAAAUAAAGCUGCACCCGCUGGUGGUGAUAAAGGAAAGGAUGUCAAGAAGGGUCAAGAGCAGAAACCUAGCGGCGGUGGAGGCGGUGGUAAAAAAGGCGGCAAAAAGUGAAGAAAAGUUAUUUUUUCCCGAGUGAAUUUGGACGUGAACCUGAUUUAUUUAUUUCGCUUGUAUAUAUUAAUAAUUAUUAAUAUUAAUUUUAUUUUAUAAGAGAUUACUAAACUAAUUUGUUUUUCUAUUUCUAUAAAAACAAAUAAGAAAAGAAGUCAUUAUUUAUAUGUUUUACUUGGUUUCACUUGAUGUACCGAUCUCUAUGUAGU